AUGUCAUCUAAUACGCAAACAACACUGCUUGAAAAGCUAUCCCUAAUUCCUCUCCUUGGCCAGACCGUUGCAUGGAUCUUCAUCCGUUCGAUAACAGCACCUUUCCGCAAUGGCCAGAAAGCCAACAAACCUCUCAAGGAUAUCUUGUUCGCCGGCCUGCGCUUCUUAUCCGAGAACAUUACCGCUGCUCAAGAAGCAUGGACCAAUCGCAAUAACUCCACAGAGAAGGAGUAUUUGGCUUUUGCGAAGAAAACCCAGAUGGAGCCAGUGAUAAUAGGCCUUGAUUCCGGAUUGAAGCUCUGCUGGGUCGGGCCCAAAGAUGCUAAAAAUAUCAUGUUGUACCUGCACGGUGGCGGAUUCGUCGGGGCUGCUUCGCCAGGUCAUCUCCAAUGGGCGGCAGAACUUCAAAAAACCUGCUCAAAAGAUACGAGCUUCASCGUUGUGUUCGCGGCGUAUACUCUCACCACCCCUACUGGUGGAAGAUAUCCGGUCCAGCUCCGAGAAGCUGCUGAUGCUCUCCAUUGGCUUAUUGAGAAGCAUGGCAAGAAGCCCAGCGAGAUCAUUCUUGGAGGGGACUCCGCAGGUGGCAACCUUUGCCUCGCACUGCUGAGCCAUAUGUUGCACCCACAUCCAGAGGCUAUCAAGAUUGAUUUGGAAGAACCUCUUCAAUCUGCCGUUCUGAUUAGCCCUUGGGUGUCUUUUGAUAUCGAGGACAGCUAUAGAAGAAAUGCUCACAGCGACUUUCUCACUCCAAAGUCGUUGCAGCGAUGGUCUUCCAUGUAUAAACACACAUCUGUGCCCGACAACUUCAACGAGCCGAUUCGGGCUGAUGAGCAGUGGUUUUCCGGUCUUGAUAACAUCGUCAAGGACAUUCUAAUUUUGGCUGGAGGAGCUGAGGUCUUCGUCGAUUCGAUCCAGAAGUUCACCAAGACAGUGCAAUCGGUCCACCCACGAGCCGAGCUGGUAGUUCAAAACGGAGCAUCACAUGUCGAUCUUAUCAUUGAGAUGUUGUUGGGGUACGGUAAAGGUAAGGACGCGGUCCUGAUUGAGGAAUGGAUUUCAGAGCGGAUCAUGAGUCUGCAAAGAUAG